AUGCCGCGGAUCGCCGCCCUCACCUGCCUGCAGCUCCUGCUGCUGCUGCGGGCCGCGCAGUGCCGGCCCCACGCGUGGGACCAGGACAGGCUGCAGCUGGAGGCCGUCAAAAAGGCGAUCCUGGAGCGGCUGGGGAUGGCGGCUCCCCCCGCCAUCCGGCACCGGCCGGACCCGGAGAGCAUCCAGAGAGCGCAGCGGCUCUACCGGCGGGCAGCGGCGGAGCUGGCGGGCAACCGGAGCCGGGAGGAGGAGGAGGGAGAGGAGGGAGCCGUGCCCAGGCUGCACCGCCUGACCCCCACCCUGCUGCCCUGGCUGGACAUCCCCGCGGGACACCAGGACCCUGCAGGCCAGCGGGACGCGCAGGGACAGCGGGAGCCCCUCGGUGCCCGCCGCUACCGCCUGCUGCUGUCCCGCACCGCGCAUUUCCAGCGGCAGCUCCGCGUGCUGCGGGCGGAGCUGAAGCUCCUCCGGCGGCCGCUGUCCCCUCCCGGCGCCUCGGUGCCACCUCGGGUCACCGUCUCCGCCCUGCCGGGGGCUGGGGACACCCCGCAGGUGCUGCAGAGCCAGGAUCUGCGGGAUUCCCUCGUUCUGGACCUGACAGGAGCCAUCCGGCCCUGGCUGGCCGGGCCCGAGCCCUCGCUGCGCCUGCAGCUGGAGUUCAGCGCCGACGUCUCGGCAGCCCUGGCCACCUCCGAGGGGAACGCGCUGGAGCUGGAGGUGCAAACCCUGGAGAAACCGGCCCGGGCGGCCCGGAGAGCCCGGGGGCUGCGGGACGAGUGCGGGAAGGGCGACGGCAGGUGCUGCCUGAAGUCGCUCCGGGUCUCCUUCCAGGACAUCGGCUGGGCCGACUGGGUGGUGGCCCCCAGCAGCUACCACAUGCGCUUCUGCGAGGGCUCCUGCCCGCACAACUACAAACCGGCCAGCAUGCACGCCCAGAUCCAGUCCCGGGUGCACUCCCUGUCCAAGGCGGCGCCGCCGCCCUGCUGCGUCCCCGCCGGCUACGACCCCAUGGUGCUGAUGCACCUGGACGGCCAGGGCAGGCUGGUGUCCAGCCUCUUCGAGGACAUGCUGGUCACCGGGUGCCACUGUGCCUGA